CAAUCAACGAUUUUCCGCGCGUCCCUUUUGCUCACUGGCUGUCUGGGCGCGCAUAACUACCUCCCUCAUGUACAGGCCUCGACGACACUAAAAGCGCCCGCCAGACUGCGCCAGUAGUGAGUACGGUACCUGUAGUGCAGCUGUACGCCGGGACACACGCCAGUCACGCCUCACGUACACCACCGACAGAGAGCCCGAGAGAGAGAGACAGAGAGAACACGUCGGAACGCGCCACUCUCCAACGAUACCGCGCGCGCGCGCGCCCAGCUCCAAACGGCUUCGAUCGGGCCACGGCCAGCCCGCGUCUGUUGACCUGUUCUUAGCACAGCAACGGAAGCGAACAACACGCGCAGGCGACGCAGCGCACUGGUUGGGCCUCUCUGCGCAUUCGCACGCUGUACCUCUAGCUGGCUACGCAACUGGAUCCUCGAGAGAGCUACACACAGGGCCACAGCCUUCCCUAGCCUCCCCCCCCCUCCACCCCGGUGAGCGUGCCAAGCCGACGCAAAAACACACGUUCUCCCGUCAACCACCCCCCCAAAAACACUCUCGCCUUGCAUACCUACCUGAUCCAGAGCUUGCGGGCUUAGUUGUGCUGCCAUCGCCCGUCCGCGCAAAUCUGAGAUCAACGCAGUUCGGCGGCACCCCUUCCCGCCUGCCUAUACACGGGCACGCAUCGAUCCCAAGCUCGAGGAUCGCACAACUUUCCCUCUCACCGCUGGCACUUGGACUCCACGCAAUUGUGGAACCACACCGCUUUCGCGUGCCGCGAACUACGACAGAUCUUUCCUGCCGGCGUCGGCAGCUAGAUUCCACCUGCACCUAGCUGCGUCUUCUGCAGUGCAGGGGUGGUAUUGACGUGUGGCCAGCGAAUCAGUGACAGCUCACACUUACACAAAACGGGUCUGUACCUCGAUUAAAGAUGUCGCAGUCCCCAGAGAGGAACGAGGACGAAGGUCCAGCCACUCAAACUCCAGAAAACAAUGAUCCAGCCCAGCAGCCAAACGAUCAGCCCGGAGACGAAAUGAAUACUCGACCAGAAGACCUGGGCUAUGAUUUCGAGGUCAAGGAGCAAGAUCGAUGGCUGCCGAUAGCAAAUGUCGCCAGAAUCAUGAAGCUUGCCCUUCCCGAGAAUGCCAAGAUUGCGAAAGAGGCCAAAGAGUGUAUGCAAGAGUGCGUGAGCGAAUUCAUCUCGUUCAUCACGAGUGAGGCGUCCGAGAAAUGUCAGCAGGAGAAGCGCAAAACGGUCAAUGGCGAAGACAUACUUUUUGCGAUGACUUCGUUGGGUUUUGAGAACUAUGGUGAGGCGCUGAAGAUCUACCUGGCCAGAUACCGAGAGAAUCUGGUAGCCAAGGGAGGCGACAAGGCUUCAGGAGGAGCUACAGGAGCUGUGCACGAUGCUUCAGCGACUUUCGACAACACCAACAACGGACUUGGUGGACCCCUGGAAGGCGGUGACAGCUCCACUGACUUUGCCUAUGGCACAGCGACAGGCCAGUACUAAUCGUACUGGACCUCACAUUCGCACUUUCAUCGGGUUACGCGCUGCUUACUGGUCGAUGCGGGGUAUUGUUCGCUGUCCUACAUAUGGGGAGCGACAGACGCUCGAAAAAGUCGAACAGCAUGGCCGACUCGAAGGCAUGGGAGCUGGGGCUGGAGCGAAAGGUCUCAGCGGGCACGAGCUGGCAAAGGCGAUUGUAUCCGACCCUCGGGACUUCGGGAGGUUAUGCGACUCUCCGCGGUCUAUUCGACUUGUUGGAUCUCACUGGGUCCGCUGCAGUGCGACUGGUGAGCCUGCGCAAAAUGCGUGCAGGCAGUAGAAAUGGCGCCUCUUCCAUAACAACAUGUAGGGGCCUCCAAGCUCUCUGGCGAUAACGCGCAGCAUUGACUCGACACUGUCAACGCCUGGUCUCGCUGCCUAGUCCCAGUCACCUCUGGCGUUCCUGUGGCAAAUAUGGUGUUUUUUGGUGUCUUGAAUUGACAGUGUCUCCAGCGGCAGGUCAACAAGUCUUGAUCAUAUGAUUCAUGGAGGCGGGUUGGAGUCUUUUGUGUACAAUGAGAUUUCCUUGGACUAUGGUAGGCGGGGGGCUCGUCUAGAUGGCCAAGUACUGCUCGCGCAGAUUAAUGUACAAUACAUCGGAUGGAGAAACGAGGGAGGACAAGGGACGAUUGGGUUAGGAACCAGGACUACAGCGUCGAAUCGCGAGUUUCAUAUGUCGAGAAUGGACUUGCUAGUGGCUUCCAGUGAUAAAC